AGGUGUGACUGACAAAGCUUUUAUUCUGUAAAUUGUCACUAGGAUAACCUCUGCUACUUUUCUUUUGCAGUUUGGACUUGUGGAUGUAUUUUUUUGUAGGUCUGUGUGGUUCAGAUCCUGCCACUUAAAGCUGUGGGUACAGGGGGAUAAUAAUGUAUGUGUGGCCUUGGACGUGAAGCAAGCAGUCUUCUGUUGCUGUUAAACUGCGUCAGGGACUGAUGUUGUGGGAAGCAUGGACCUAAUGAACGGGCAGGCAAGCAGUGUUCUUGCUGCUGCUGCUUCCGAGAAAAGUAGCAGUUCUGAAUCAUUAAGUGACAAAGGUUCUGAAUUGAAGAAAAGCUUUGAUGCUGUGGUAUUUGACGUUCUUAAGGUUACACCAGAAGAAUAUGCGGGUCAGAUAACGCUAAUGGACGUUCCAGUAUUUAAAGCCAUUCAACCAGAUGAGCUUUCAAGUUGUGGAUGGAAUAAGAAAGAAAAAUAUAGUUCUGCACCAAAUGCAGUUGCCUUCACAAGAAGAUUUAAUCAUGUAAGCUUUUGGGUUGUUAGAGAAAUUCUUCAUGCUCAAACAUUGAAAAUUAGAGCAGAAGUUUUGAGCCACUAUAUUAAAACUGCUAAGAAACUUUACGAGCUGAAUAAUCUUCAUGCGCUUAUGGCAGUGGUUUCUGGCUUACAGAGUGCCCCAAUUUUCAGGUUGACUAAAACAUGGGCGUUAUUAAGUCGAAAAGACAAAACUACCUUUGAAAAAUUAGAAUAUGUAAUGAGUAAAGAAGAUAACUACAAAAGACUCAGAGACUAUAUAAGUAGCUUAAAGAUGACACCUUGCAUUCCCUAUUUAGGUAUCUAUCUGUCAGAUUUAACAUACAUUGAUUCAGCGUACCCAUCAACGGGCAGCAUUCUAGAAAAUGAGCAAAGAUCAAAUUUAAUGAAUAACAUCCUUCGCAUAAUUUCUGAUUUACAGCAGUCCUGUGAAUAUGAUAUCCCCAUGUUGCCUCACGUCCAAAAAUACCUGAACUCUGUUCAGUAUAUAGAAGAGCUGCAGAAGUUUGUCGAAGAUGAUAAUUACAAGCUUUCAUUAAAGAUAGAACCAGGGACAAGCACACCUCGUUCUGCUGCUUCCAGGGAAGAUUUAGUAGGUCCUGAAGUAGGAGCAUCUCCACAAAGUGGAAGAAAAAGCAUGGCAGCCGAAGGAGCCCUGCUACCACAGACACCGCCAUCCCCCAGGAACCUGAUUCCGCAUGGACAUAGGAAGUGCCAUAGCUUGGGUUAUAAUUUCAUUCAUAAAAUGAACACAGCAGAGUUCAAGAGUGCAACGUUCCCGAACGCGGGGCCGAGACACCUGCUAGAUGACAGCGUCAUGGAGCCCCAUGCGCCGUCUCGAGGCCAAGCUGAAAGCUCUACUCUUUCUAGUGGAAUCUCAGUAGGUAGCAGUGAUGGCUCUGAACUAAGUGAAGAAACCUCAUGGCCUGCUUUUGAAAGGAACAGAUUAUACCAUUCUCUCGGCCCGGUGACAAGAGUGGCACGAAAUGGCUAUCGAAGCCACGUGAAGGCCAGCAGUUCUGCAGAAUCAGAAGAUUUGGCAGUACAUUUAUAUCCAGGAGCUGUUACUAUUCAAGGAGUUCUCAGGAGGAAAACUUUGUUAAAAGAAGGCAAAAAGCCUACAGUAGCAUCUUGGACGAAGUAUUGGGCAGCUCUGUGUGGGACACAGCUUUUCUACUACGCUGCCAAGUCUCUAAAGGCUACAGAAAGGAAACAUUUCAAAUCAACAUCAAAUAAGAACGUAUCUGUAGUAGGAUGGAUGGUGAUGAUGGCUGAUGACCCGGAACAUCCAGAUCUCUUCUUGUUGACUGACUCUGAGAAAGGAAAUUCAUACAAGUUUCAAGCUGGCAAUAGGAUGAAUGCAAUGCUGUGGUUUAAGCAUUUGAGUGCAGCCUGCCAAAGUAACAAACAACAGGUUCCUACAAACUUGAUGACUUUUGAGUAAAAGCCUGAGAAAGAACAAGGCGAACCGUUACCCUGAGUGAAAGUGAGGCCCUGACUGUAGAGCGCCAGCUGUAAACCAAUCCAGUGCCAGGAGGAGCCGGAGGUUCCAUCUCAGCCUCUCGCGUUCUGAACCAAAAAAGCACUAAUUUCAGGGAAUGAAGUGAGAUAUUCCCAGAGAACAAAUUGGAGUUGCAAAACAAACUGCCAUGGACCAUGCUUCUUAUCUCUGAACUGACCUGUGGAAACCACUGCCUUAAAAGAAUGAAAGGAAAACCAACAUGAAACACCAAAUAGUGUGUGUGAAUCUUCUGGCGGUGCUGUGCUUGGAAUAGAUCGUAGCUCAUUUGCAUUUCUUUUAACUUUGUACUAAUUUUGGAGGGGGGAAUCGCCUUUUUUAGACACACUUUAGAAGGAGAAACAUACUUCUUAUGGGUUACAUCAGGAGCUGGUUUUGAACUGAGGUGGCAAGUUACUCCGACUGAGUAGGGUUCUACCAGCAGCCUCCCCGGGAGGCCUGUGGGAGCCUCCACGAGCCUGCAGCCUCACUCCCGUUCUCACAGCAAGAGUGUAGGAAUUAGAAGCGUUAAUGUGAGUUGUUCGGGUUUGUUUGGGAUUUGGGGAGGGGGGUGUAUUUUGUUUUGAAUGGGGGGAGAUUUUUUUUAAACACUAAACUUCUGAAAUUUAGUACUGUAUGAGGAACAUUAUUUCCUGCAUUAGGUAUAAAGGUUGAAUGUUCAUAUGCCAGACUUUUUUUUCAGGUGGGCUCCAGAAAACAUGGUUGUUUUUAACUGAGUUUAAAGCUUAGCCUUCUACAUGAAUUUGUUGUUGGACCACAGAUCUGCUUCAUAGAGAACUGUAAUCCCAACCUGAACUUUUCUAAGAAGAUUUUACAAUGACUAACUACAUUUUCAAGUUAGUCAGAUUGUCUCAUCUGCCACUCACGGGUGAUGCUUGUCAUCAAGGUGGUGUGUUGCUAUUUUGUCAAGAUAUUUUCUUUUACAGUGUUUAAUGUGCACAAUGCCAGGGUUUUUUAUUAUUAUUAUUGAUUUUCAUUAUUUUUUGUUCAACAUGACAUUCAGGAUCACAUUUGUUUAAGAGAGAUCCCACAUACGUUUGUAUGCAUGUACGUAUUUUAUUAUAAGGCAUACAGAAUAAAUUUCAAAGGGAGUAAGGUCAAAGAUUGAGAUCCUGGGAAUUUUAAGUAUCAAAACUAAAUGUGUUCCUUCUUGCACAACUUUCCUUUAUUACAAACAUUUUUCUGAAAACGGUAGGUCCCUACCAUGAAACCAUACUUUGUCAGUAGUUGAUCAAGCAGUUUUGUGAGAGCUCGUCUAUGCAAUAAUGCAUUUAACUUCCAAAAUAAAUGUGGAGUUAAAAACAAAAUUUGAAGGUGAAAUGCCUUAGAAUUUGAACAAAAAAAUGGCACUUGAACAAAGAUUCUGUAUUGGAUGUUACAAACUCAGGAGGCAUCCAUCGUGAAUGUUGGCCAUGGCCCAGAGUAAGAAAUGUUUUUUUGAACAACAACUUCUGGUAGACUUCUGUUACCAGUGGGCCUCACGUAAAAUUUCUCAGAUUUGUAUCCUUAGAGAAUUUUAUACUCUUUUUGUCAUACGUAUUUUACCCAUGAGUCCAUGAAACUUAAAUAGAAAAUACUGCUUAUUAGAAUAGUUAGCUAAAAAUCUGUCUAUUGGGAAGUAGAAGAGCUUUCUCUCAGUGCUAAGUGUUUUAAUUUAGUCUUCUGUUUGGAAAGGAUUUAAAGAGUUCAUAUAUUUUUCUCACGUAGCACAGUUAGAAAUACCGUUAUUCCUGGUUUUGUGGGAAGUGACAUGAGCUGGCGAGGGCAGCGCGAGCCUGUGCCAGUGACUCGGGCUGCGGGCCUCCCGGCCCAGCCCGUGCUCGAGGGCGCCCCCUGCGCAGCCAGCCUAGCAGUGUUUCUCCGUACACCUUGCACAGCUGACCUUUGUUUCGCAUUUUUUUUAAUUUUCUUAAUUUGUUUAUUUCUCUUCAGAAAUAAGUGGUUUUUUUAACAGUAUAUGUGCUUUUUAAAAAUAUUGUGGAUAAGAACCCUGUGGAUUUUUUAUUAUUUUGUCUGUUUGUCAUAAAUAAGCUACCGUAGAUAAGUUGCAGGCUAACCGUGUCCGUAGAGAUGCGCAGCUAGAUGUCAGAGCCUGACAGCACAGUUUUGCCAAAGAGAGAGCUCAGCUGGGAGAUGUGUUUGAUGUUUCCAGCGCUAAACGUGAGGAUGCUUGCACAGAGUGAGACUGGUGUUCAGGUUCGGUGAAUAGUCCGUAUGUGGAUUGUGGCCUCUGACUGACUGAAACUCUUGCCCGUGCACCAGAAGUCACCGUUGUUUUUCUGUCUUCAGAUUUGUCCCUUCAAAAAUUGCUCAUUGCUUUUGAAGAUUACUUUAGCAUUUGAAGCGAAGAGACCAGUGAGAGAAGUGAAUUGAAAUAGUGGAUUUUACUCAUGGUGAUCUAUCAUUCACCAAAUGAUUCCUAAUAAUAAUUCAAGCAAAAAUAAAUGGUACCAAAAUAUAUUAACUAUUUAGGUAGUUUAUUCGUGGGAAAAUGAAAUUUUUCUCCUCUUAUUCGGCCUACCCCUUAAAAAAUUAGUAAAUUAGUAAUUCAAAAGCUUGAAACUUCUGUCAUUACUAAGCUCAUUUAUUUCUCCGAGCGAAAAAGAACUCAUUGGACAUUCCAUUAUAAUUUAAGUUUAAGCUGGUUUUUGAUGAGCAUAAUGGUUGUGUUACCAGCCUAGUGUAGCAGUAGAUUACCAGCCCAAACACAGUUUGAGGCACGUCUCAUUUAAUAGUUGAUCUGAACAUGAAAACUUACUUUUCACGCAGAAGUAACUUGACAGGUUUUAAAAUAUAACUAUAUAACGACCUUCAGGAGCACUAUUUUUGGUUUUCUGCCCUCUCUGUGUUUGAACUCUGCUUAUUUUUUUCAGAGGCAUCAUUUUUACUGUAACCUUCAAACUGUUGAGAAUUUUUAAAACUGAUCAUAUGCACCUUCCUAUUACAUUUUCUUCACUGUGUAUGUAUUAUUUGUGUAAACAUUACAGAAAGGGAUCCAACAAUUCGAGUUUGAGUAUUUGUUUCUCCCCAGGCAUGUGCUUCAGUGACAGAUGUUCUCCUGUGUGGAAAAGGCCACGAGACUGGCACUGCCUUCUGUGUGGACUGUCUUGCUACUGAGUCUGUCUGUAGGUCAAGAACUAGGGUGUUUGUAGCUGCAAAGCUUUAUGAAUGGCUUUAUUCCUCUCCUAGAAGAUUUAUAAAGGUGCCCAAGGUGCACUGUUCUAGAAGGAAAAAUGUUUACAGUCUGCAGUGUAUACACUCUAUAUAUUAGCUGAAACCAGGGCCCUCUGAGAGCAGCCUGACCUGUUGCUCUCUUGGGGUUACUAGAAUUUACCUGGCCAAAUAAUUUGAGCAGAAGUCUUUUUUUUCUUUUUUAAGGUUAAAUCUGUAAGCUAUAUAUGCCUUUACUACUGAAAACAAGACUAUAGGACAUCAUAUUAAUUAGAAAUCAAUAGUAGUAGAUUUAAUCCAUUAACUUUUUAAAAGAAUAUGAUUUCCUUCCUGUUUUUUGAGGCACAUUUCUUUACAGUGAGUUUUUAACUCCAUUUUAUCUUUUGCAAACUAGGGGUACCAGUGUUGCUUAACAGAAGAUACUCUUCAAUUUUAAAAACUCCUCAGCUUCAAAGCCUGUUGACAUAGUUGGGUCCCUUUUUGAAAAUGGGGAUGAAUUUGAUGGUGUCCCAGUGGAAUAGAUAGUACUGUUACUGCAUGACUAGGUGAUGCCAAGCAGGUGGUGAGGCUUGUCUGACCUCUUCAGUGAUCUUUUAGGGUUUGCUUUCAUUUUCUCUCCUCUUUUGUAGUAUUUCUUUCAAACAUAGUAAAUGUAUGAUUUUACAGCCGGAGUGGUAUUCUGUUUUUUUCUAACAGUGUUACUUAAUCACCUUGGUGAUAAUUAUUUUCCCAUGUGAAGUCAACCUUUUCAAAAUGAUUUAAGUACUUUUGGUUUUGCUCCCUUAAAAAUGGCUUGUGUCUAAAGUUGACAGAUUUUUUUUUUUCUAUUUAGAGGAGUCUGAUGAAAGAGAUCUGUGCAUUCAAACUAUUGGGCUUUUGAAAGCAGUUUCAUUACAUCAGUAUCUCAAGUAGUGUGGGGAAAAUGUGGUCAGUGCCUUGUCAAUUUGAAGACCAAUUUUAGGGCAUUGAGUACGACAGCAGUCAUUUGCCCUCUUACUCCUCCUGUUUCAGGAGUAUGUGCUAUCCCUCUCACCACCAGCUUAGCCUUUCUCACAGCAAGUCUGAGAACGUGUACAGAUAACUCUAGGUCGUUGUUGCAGAUCAGCUUGGUUUUGAGUCUUUUUAGGCAAGCUCUGUCCCUGCUCCUCUCCUUCCAGGAUAGAUUAAAAAUAAACCCACCCAAAUCAGCUUUUAGAUGAGCAUUCUUCAGAACAACUUUGAAGAACAUCCAUCCAGCUGAGUUUAUUUUUAUUUUGUGUUACUGAAAUUGUUUUGAACAUAGAUUUAAUUAUAAAUCCAUUUUAGAAAAUCCCUGAAAGAAUAUGAUACAGCCAGAAAGAUUUGUUUGGGUUUUAUUAAAGCUACUGAAAUCCUGAAAUGAGCAUCCCCUUUGGCCAGAAAUGAGAUUUAGUUCGGUUCAUUUUUGUAUUUAAAUAAGGCUCAGAACAAACAAGCAGUCACUUAGCCUACCUGUUAUUGUUUACUUACAAAUAUUACGGCAGGAAAGUGAAAAUAACUCUAAAAUAUAAAGUAAAGAGAAGUUAAGGGACUAAGCUAGCUUUCUCAGUAAAAACACAGCUUGGACGCGUUUCGCUUCUCCGAGAUUGCUGCAGGCUCCGGAGCUAGUGUCAUUCAGCUGAGCCAGGACACUGUUUUCACAUUUUUUAAAGGGCUAGUAUGUUCCAGAAUAGGCAAGUAGAUGUAGUCUUUAAAAGACAAAUAAAGGGUUACCUGGUCCUUGAGGGUUAUUAGUAGAAUUUAAAUUUUUAAUCUAGUCAUUUGGACUGCAAAGUAGUGAUGAGAUUAAAGGAACACAUAGAGUCCUUUGGGAUUGAACUUUUUUUAAUAGACAAGCAGAAAAUGUCAUAAUUAGCUGUGCUUUAGAUACCAGGUAACAAAUCUUCAUUUUCCCCUGAAGGUAUCACCUAUUACAACUGUUCGCAGAGACAGUCCAGUAAUCAUUGACUUACUAUGUCUGACAGAGUAGCUGAUAAGAAGUCACCAGACUCUUGAGAGUUUCUACACCUUGACGCAUCCUUUGUCUUACUGCCGACUGAAAUGUGUAUGUGUGGGGAGGGGGGCGGGGAACUCCUUCACAGCGUAAUCUAAAGGAGAUGAAAAACAUCUGUGGGGGUAAAUACCCAGUGAUGACGAUAUACAGGAAAACGCAAGCCAUUUUUACUCUCCUUUAUCCCGGUUAACCUGAGGUACUAAGGAUGCAACACUCAUUUUGCACUAUGACCUCCUGGAGUGACGUGCAGCUCGAUUCCUCUCUCACUUUUUGUUUCUGUUUAAUACGCAAAUGUGAGUGUGAGCUCUUCAGUGUGUUUGCAUAAGCUAACUUAAAAUGAAUUUAAGUACAGUUUUCUGAAAUAUUUCUAUUGGAAUAAAUUACUUAAAAACA